AAAAACGUAAGUAAUAUUUCAGACAUGUCAUUAAUUUCUACAUUGGCGUUAGUUCGUAAACUUUAAUUUUAUGAGACAAGUAUUUCGGUAAUGAAAAGACGAUUUCUAGUGGAACAAUAUAUGACAUCACAUGACAAUUUUGAUUUGGAAGUUGGAUGCUCCCGUAAUGUAUACGAUCUCUUGAAAUUAACCGGACAAUAUACACAUAUCAUCAGAAGGAAGAGCAAGUCAUUUAGGGACGACCAUAAUGCCACGACAACGAAGAGAGGACAAGGUACGAUUCACGCGUUCGCAGUAUUAUGAGGGACAACUGAUGACACUUCCGGCCAAGUACAAAUUAUCUAACAUCAUCGAUCCAGCCUCCAUACCCGAACCACUUUCCUUCAACACACCUCGCCCGAGACCGGACCCGGAUGUAUACGAUUUUCCCGACCAGUACUGGCCCUCUCCCGAUACUACCCUGGUUCCAGAGGACAUGUCAGCCACCGAAUUAUGGGAGCACUGUUCAAGGAAUGUCGCUUCUUCUAGUAGUGGUCGAACUAAUGGACGGACGGACAACCGGCGAAGGGAGAACAAAUCCAACAGCUCAACAACCAGAUCAUACAAGAACAUUCCCAAAUGCAUCCCCAUCACUAACAACAAGAUACAGGAAGCAUUGGUGGAUAUAGAGUGUCUCUCAAGGAAGGAACAAGACGACCGCCUGCUGGUGCUGAAGAGCAAGUUCAGUGAUGAGGAUUAUGCUAUCAUUGAACAGAUAGUCGACGACAAACGUUCCGAAUACGUACGGGCAUUUGGUAGGUCAUACCUGGAGCGUGGUCUGGGCCCAGUUCCCAGAAGUGACAACUCGGUCUAUCUUGCCAGGGAGCUGAAGCGACGAGUGGCCUGUCAGGAGAGUGGUCUUGACUGGAAAAAGACCAAAUGGCCACCAAUGCGCAGGAAACAUCACCUGCCAAUCAGGCACGAGAUAAACGUGCCACGUGUCAAGGAGAGCGAGACAUUGUGAAGAAUGCACUUGUACAUUUUCUUUAGAGUUGUCAUAUAUGAAAUGGAAUUUAAAACAGUUGAUUACAAUCUACUUUGCAGACACAAAAGAAAACCCCAAAAAAGUCAUAGGCACAUACUAGAAGUCAUGUAAAGAGAUACUUCAUUUGCGUAUACCUUAGUUCCUGAACUCCGAUCUCCUUAACUAGUUCAGAUCUUUUGGUAUGGUUCUGAUUUCAGUCUUAAAUCAUAGUCAUAGUUCUGAAAUUGGACUCGGUUCACACUUGACACACUUUAGGGAUGCUGUUCAUAACCUAGACCAAGUGUACACUUUUUUUAUCAGUUUUUCAGUGCCAAUUUUUUAAAAUGUACAUACAGAGAGUAUUCUUUAAGCCAUUGUUCAGGGCCCAGUUGUUUAAAAGCUUUUCCCCUAUACUACAAAACCUGUGUGUGUCUAUUCCUGAAAAUAGGCAGGUAGGAAGAGACUGAAGAGUGCUAUUAAAGCUUCAUAAAAUUUUAUCAAUUUACCAGAAAUAAUUUUAUCAGGAUUUUAAAAUGGCUGUUACUGUGAUUAAUCACCUUUCAAACAACUGGGCCCUGGCCGAGUGUGAUGUCAAAAAGACCUUUGGCAAUUUUUUGCAGUUAUUCAAAUAGGAUGCUUACUGUUGAUCAACAUAUUGAAUUUUUUUCUAUUUUGCUUAAGUAUAAAUUUUGAAGGCAAACAAUACAAAUGUAGCUGGCCUUUAUUACUAGUAAGAUUUAAAAACUUAUGUUAUUGAAAAUAUCAGAGAAAUAGACUGUGAGCCGAGAUUAUCCUCUUUGUUGUAAUUGUUUCAAAUCAUGAACUGAUUUAAAUAUACAAGUAUUCACUGCUUCAUCAAUGUAUCAUUUCUUCAAUCUGUCUUCUGUUAAAACAACUCUACAGAGAAUCAUGUGACACUGUGAAACCUGUAACACCAAAAUCAAGUCAGAAAGACAGUCAUAGAACAAUUGUAUCUGUGGAGUGUGACUUCCAUAGGACACAUUCAAACUUUAUAUACCAGUCCACAUUUGAAACUUUCAUAAAAUAUUUUUACCAUUUUUUGUAUGUUUUUACAAGAUGUUACACAAAUAAAGUUUAUUUGAAAAAAAGAAGUUCCUUCAUGUAUUUAAACACCUGAAAAUAUCCAAGUUUGCAUGAUAGUAUCAUCAAUGGGGAGCAGGAUCUAAUUCAACAAAAGACACCUAAGGAAAUGGCCUGAGUUGGAUCUAGGUCAACAUAAGGCACCUGAGGAGAUGGUCUGAGCUGGAUCUAGGUCAACAUAAGACACCUGAGGAGAUGGUCUGAGCUGGAUCUAGGUCAACAUAAGACACCUAAGGAGAUGGCCUGAGCUGGAUCUAGGUCAACAUAAGGCAC